UCUGUGGCCACGGCCGUUCUUUGUGUAUAUAUCGAGAGAGAUUGAAGAGAAGGAAAGAUCCCGCCUUGAUGUGGCGAAGUUUCACAAAACGACGCCCAAUUUUUGGUAAUGGGAAGUGAGGGAGUAUUGGGUUCUCUUCAAUUUGACGGCACUAAUUUAACGCUCACCUCCUAAUUUCUCUCCCAUUUCGCCGUCGCUUCCAACUUUUUUUUUUUUUUUUUGUUCUUACUUCUCUCUGUCCGCCGAUUCUUGGCUCUACUCUUUGAAGCUCGAUUUUGUGCUUCGAAUCAUUUGGGGGAACCUGGAGAAGAUUAGGGAUGAUGGGUGUUUGAGAACUGAGGAAGGGAAGCUAUGGGUACCAAUUCCAAUGAUAAUAACAACUCAGUAGGAUGGAACAGAGCUGGGGGUUUGAUAAUGAAGACUUUGGUACUCGUUGGAGGUGCCCUUUUGCUUAAACGCCUUACCAAGUCCACAACGCGAUGGGAUCAUGCUCGCUUUGUAUCUCAGUCCCUUUCUGGCGAGAAGUUUUCGAAGGAGCAAGCAGCUAGGGAUCCUGAUAAUUACUUCAAUAUUAGAAUGAUUACGUGCCCUGCAGCAGAAAUGGUGGAUGGUUCCACGGUGUUAUACUUCGAACAAGCUUUCUCCAGAACUCCUCAGAAACCCUUUCGCCAGAGAUUUUAUACGGUGAAGCCUUGUUCGAAAGAGAUGAAAUGUGAUGUGGAGCUAAGCUCAUAUGCCAUUCGGGAAAUGGAGGAGUACAAGAACUUUUGUGAUCGGACAAAAGACCAACGUCCUCUUCCUGAAGAAAUUGUUGGGGACAUUGCAGAGCAUUUGACUACUUUGCAUCUUAAGCGUUGCGAUCGUGGAAAACGUUGCUUGUAUGAAGGAUCAACUCCCCCUGGUGGUUUUCCAAAUUCAUGGAAUGGAGCAUCCUAUUGUACUUCCGAAAUUGCUAUCCUAAAGAACAAUGAAGUACAUACCUGGGAAAGGGGUUACGACGAAGAUGGAAACCAGGUUUGGGGAACAAAAGAAGGACCUUACGAAUUCAAGCCAGUUCCAGCCUCCAGUCUCAAAGACAUGUUUUCUCCAUUAAAUUUCUCUCAGCCGUCCAUGGAGAAAAGAAUACUAGAGGGUUCAUUUGUCUUGCAAUAACAGUCACCUAAUAAUUUUUUCUUAUCUAAUUUGAAAGUGCUGUCGAAUUCUUGAAAGCAAGCAAAAUGCACGCCAACUGCUCACUCUUCUAGACAUGCUCUCGGACAUACAACGAAAUUCGGUUCAGGGAAAAUGACACAGUAAUUGUAUCCAGCUUUCUCAGCUCAGAUAUAUCCCCUGAAGAUACAACCAUAGCUUAGUUUAUAUCUUCUGAUGUUCAAACAUAUAAUGGCCAGAAGGAUAGAUGACUUUUACAAGAGAGAUAGUGAAUAAAGGUUAGGCUUAUCAAGACAUAUUUGAGCAAUACUUUUGUCCACCACUGACUAUACUUACAGAAUUUUAUUGGCUACAAUUUCCAGUCUUUAUCACCCAAGGGAGUGAAGUAAUAGUGCUUUACGACAUAUAUGUUACAUAACCUACUUACUAGGCACUGAGAAUACUCCUAAAAAGCGUAGUUCUUAAUUUAUUUGUCUUGUAUUAUAUAAAAAAUAAAUAAAUUAUAAGGUUUCUGACCUUUUAGAAUCA